GAAACUAAAAAUAAUAAUAAUUUGUUAUUUUUUAUGUUUUACCUGAAAAAUGGCCACGAAGCUAAAUGUAAACAUCCGCACAGUGCUGAGCAACUGCGAGGAGCUGGCCAAGAGCGAGGAGAACUUCUGGCGCCUGCAGAAGUUCAUCAAAGCGCUGGACAUAAUGGUGGCCGAACUGCAGGCAAUGGACGACCCGCGGAGUGUGCCCAGGAUCUCCGGGUACAUAGAGCGCCUGCAGGCCCUCAAGCUGACCACCGGCUACACGGGAAGCACAAAAAUACAAAUGAAUGCCAGUGAGGCGGGGGAAGUGUCCCUGAAGGAGAUGCAGCAGAUCGAGAGCACAAAAAACUACAACGAUAUGCGGAAGGAUCUGCUGGCGGUAGAUGGCGAUGCCCUGCGACGCCGACGUGGCGCUGACGAGGAUGCCAGCGGCAGUGGCAGUCCCAGCGGCAGCUCCAACAACCCGGCCACUGAGGGCGACAACAUGAACGAGGCUGUCAAGUAUUACAAUCAGAAGCAGGAGAAGAUCACGGAGCACAUGCUCUCGCUGACGCGCAACCUCAAGGAGCAGACAAUGACGGCCAAUCGGAUUAUAAAACGUGACACCGAAAUGGUGACCCAAUCCGCUGGCAUGGCCGAUCGCAACAUCAAUUCCCUCGGCAAGGAGGCCGAAAAACUCGAGCAGCACUCGCGCAGUGCCUACAAAUGCUGGGCCUGGAUGUUGUUUGUCUUUGUAUUUUGUACAUUUGUUGGCAUGGUGUUCUUUAUGAAAAUCAUGAAGAAAAAGAAGACGUAGACUGCUUCCUAGACCCAAACCUCAAGUCUCAAGAAGCUCUUGCCUGUCUGUCUUUAUAUCAAUAUGGAAAAAGCUUUAGUUCGUUCAUUCCCCGAGCUCUACAAGAGUUCAAAAGGUUAUCCGCGUCCCAGAGUGUGUUACCCCCAAAUGUUUACAGAUCCACAUUAAACGAUCGAAAGCCGCCAA